AUGGCCUUACACGAUGGUGGCGAAAGUUCCUGUUAUUGCCCCAUGUGUAAGCUCACAUGCUACGUUUCUGGUGUGUACGGCAAUCAGCGAAGAGCAUCGAAGCAUGUGAUGCUCGCUCGUCCGUCGCCUUUUUUUGCGGGAACAGGAGGUAUUCCUCCGCCUUUACCCUCGCUGGAUCUGGCUUCGUCUCCGCAACGACUGCGUGUGUGCCCCGUUUACGAGGCCUAUGGCUUUUGUCCAUUUUCUUGCGUCUGUUUUUUGCCUCAUGUUGCUGGAAAUACGCCCCUGGUGCGUCCAGCACAUGACGCUAACAAGGAGUUCGAUCGUCUCGUUACGGUGUCACGCUUGCAGGAGGAUCAGGAUCUGUGGAACUGUGCUGUGUGUGGGUAUGAGGGUAUAGACGAAAACAGUCAAGGUAAGGUUGGUGAAACAUACUACUACCGCCAAUGCCCUAACUGUUCCUUAAUGUGCUACCAUCCACAUCUGACUUAUUUAAUAGGGACUGUACUGGAAGCAGCUGGCGAUGAUUACCAAAUCUUCAAAACCGUCAUAGAUCGGUAUCGAGAGGCAAUACCGGAUAUUUUAAAGAUACCUCUAACCUACGAGGCACACCGUCUCUCAUCUAUGGCAUUUGCUUGGAGUUUGGUUUCACCCAAAUGUGUAAAGGAUGCAUUGGAUGCUGCGUAUCGAGCGCUACCUGAGAUGGUGGCACUCGUCAGCAUUGGUAGCGGCAGUGGAUACAUAGAACAUGUUUUUAACAGAGUGGCAAAUGGCGUGGCGGCAGUUCCAAACGGUCCGGAUGUGUCUUUGGGUACGUCCUCUUUUGAGGGUGUGCAUGCCUGCUUUUAUCCACAUAAAAAAAUACCUAUUUUUGCUUUUGAUGAAGUUGCAUUAAACUGUCCCUACAGCGUUGCAGUUUCGUUAGGAGGCCCAGCUUCACUUCUCUCUCUAAAUUGUGCUAAAUCUGUUUUGCUCCUGUGUUGGCCACCAUUUGGUUCCCCCCAGGAGGAGCAGAGUUCCAUGGGCUUUGAGUCACUGGAGUACUUUACCCAGGCUGGGGGAAACGUUGUUAUUUACAUUGGAGACGUGGCAUCAACGGGGGACUGGCGGUUUCACGAGUUGCUUUACACACAUUACAAGCUUGUCAAGGAGUACACAGUUCGUCGUGAGUUGCGUCGGUGGUAUCCUCAAGAAAUGGGUCUUGUUUACGCCGGGAACGACACCAUCGGUGUCUACAAAAAGAGGGAACAGCCGCUGCCUUCGCCACAAUGGCAGUGGGGAGGCUGUAGUAGUUGA